AUGUCAAGUAGAGUACAGUUAAAAUCUACUAAAUUACAACAUAGAAAAAGACCGAGAAAAAGGAAAAAAUCAGAGAUUUACAGAACUCCAGUCUUAUAUCAUCCAGGUCAAAGAGAUUAUUUUAAUUUACAAAGAGAGUAUACUUGUUUGCCUGACGAAGAAAUUUUAAAUCUUUUAUCAAAAAAUAAGUUAAGUUUAUUAAUUAAAGCUAUAAAAAAUAAAGAUAAUGAAGAAAUUAAUAGAAUUUUAUAUAAAGACGUGAAUAACAUAUACUUGGAUAAAAAUUAUAUAUAUUAUGAUGAAAGUAAUAUUAAAAAACAAGACAGUACAUAUAAUGAGGAUACUAUAACUAAAAAUGAGAAUAAAAAUAGUUAUAUUCAUAACAUUAAUAAUAAUAAUUACAAAAAUAAUAAUGGAAAAAAUCAUUUUUUAAAUGAUAAUGAAUUACUAAAUGUUUUAGAAGAAGGGGGAGAUAAGGAAAAUAAAUUUAUUGAUAUAAAUAAUAUAUAUUUUUAUUUUAAAAAAGUAAAUAUUACAAAUAUAAAUAAGGAUAAUAUCAACACUGAUAUAUAUAAAGAAUUGUUGCAAUUAAAAAAAACUUCAUUAGAAAAGGAAGAUGCCAUUGGAUAUAAUAUUUAUAAAUACUUUUUAAAUAUAAUUACUAAUGUAGAUAGAUCAAAGUAUAUUGAUGAUUUCUUUUUAGUAAAUUAUAUAAAUAAUAUAUGGAUAACAAAAAAUGUUCAUAAAUAUUUUUAUUUCUUAAAUUCUUUAUUUGAUAGAAUGAAAAAAAUAUCUUAUAAAUUAUUUCAUUUAAAUUACAAAAUUGAUGUAAUAGGGCAUGAAGAAGAAAAAAAUAAAAUGAAAUACUUUGAGAGACAUGAAUUAUUUGAUAAAGUCAUUAAAAAAACCAAGUUUAUACCUAAUUAUAUAAUAAAACAUAAUUAUAUAUAUUCUAAUAAUAUUUUAAAUUUAUAUGAAUAUGACAUCAAUACCAAUUCUUAUAUAAAUAAAUUUGAUGAAACAUAUAAAGAAGUUUCAUUAAAUGACUUUUUAGAUAUAAACAAAAAAAAAAAAUUAAAUAUUUUUUAUGAUAAUAAAAGAUUUGAGCCUUUUUAUAAAUAUGCCCAAAAUUAUAGUAAAGACAAUAAUUUAAAAAAAAUUAUGAAUAUAACUUAUUCAAAAGAAAAAUAUAUUAAUUCUGUUUCUGUACUAAAUAAAAACAAUAAAGAAGGAAAUGAUAUUAAUAAAAAUAUGUACAAUAAAAAUGAUACUAGUGAUGAUUUGAAAAAUCAUUUUGAAGAAUCACUAUCAUCUGAAAAUAGUAAUCAAAACCAUUCUAAUAAUUAUGUAGAAAAUGAAGAAAAUAAUAAAAAAGAUAAUAACAAUUCCAAUGAUUUGUUAGACAAAAUAAAAAAUAACCCUGAGUUAAAAAAUGAAAUUUUAAGAAAAAUUUGUGAAAAAAUGCAUAGCGAAUUCUGUGAAAUGAAAGUAUUGGAUGAGCAAGGAAAAAUUGAUUUAAAUAAAAUUGAUGAUAUUAAAAAUGAUAAGGAUAACGUUUUAUACAAAAAAGUAUAUGCUAUGCGUGAUUUUUUUUAUAAUAUAUAUUAUAAAAAAAAUCACGCAUAG